UCACCAGCCUUUCGCGCGAAAUCUCGGUGAAAGGAGACUCGACGGAACAUUUUCUUUACCGCAAGCACUACAAGCACAUCUGCAAUUCAUGCCCCCGCGCCGACGUCCGCCUCCUGCGGGGGCUCGGACUGACCUCCCACCUUUGAAGAUCGUGCGGAAGAUCGCCCUACUUCAAAGUGCCUACUAUGUGUCCGCGACAGCUCUGAUACUAUUUACAACAAUUGUCUACGGCACUCCGUUCUCGUUUGACCUCGUCUUGAAUUGGAAUGCCUUAAGAGGGGAUACAACUGUAGGGUGGAUGCUGGGGUUGGUAUGGAUGUUGAACAGUGGGAUAGGGGUGAUAUAUCUUCUACUUCUCGUGUCGCGCUCGAAACUCAUUCCCGACUUUGCGCUCACGAUACACUUCUUGCACCUUAUCAUCACCGUCUUCUACACCCGCUCCGUGCCCUCGAACUGGCUCUGGUGGGGCCUGCAGUGCGCCAGUGCCGCCCUCAUGACGUUUCUGGGGAUCUGGGCGUGUCGGUGGCGGGAGUUGCAACCGAUCAGCUUCGGGGGCAUGUCCGGCAGUAACAACACGGGGCGUUCGGCGGGAGGCUCGUCUCAGCCCCAAGCUGAGGGAUCCGACGAGUCCUUCUCUUUGUCGCAGGGUCGAGGACGGGGCCGCAACCUUCCAAAUGGGGGAGAUGAAUAUGAGAUGGGCCUGUUGAAGGGCACGGGUGAUCAGGCUGUGUAGCCUCAUGGCUAUCCGGCUGCCUUUCCUGCUUUUUCUGGUGAGUGUGGAGAGAGAGGUGCACAUAUGCUUGUCAAUGUAGCAUUGAGCGAUUUUCCCCGGCACAGUUGUCCUUUUUUCUUCUUUUCUUCAUGUAUACCCUGGCUGGCUAGUACCUGUAUAGAUGGCGUUGCUGUGGUAGUAUUUGUUUCUCUCAUUUUACUUUUCCUUCUCUUUGUCUUAUAUAUAUUUACUUCUGGAUGACCUGGGGCACUCGGUCUGGUUACAAUUUAUAGCAUAUGUGCGGGCAAUAUGGUUGAUAUACCACUGCUCCAAGAGAUGCGGGCC